UAUUCUGAAUUCUGACAUAAAAUUAAAAACCCAAACAAAAAAUUUAUAGAUUAGGAAUAAAAUUAGAAAAAGAAUAAUUCAGUUCAAAAAAUGGCUUCCACAAAGUUGAGCAUGAAGCAAAGGAUACAAUUGUUAUUCGAAAAAGAGCUAUAUUCGAAUGUCGUGAAAAUUUGCGAUUUGAUUCUUUCCUUAGGAGAAAAAAAAUAUGAUUAUUUCGAUGAAUUGCAUAUAACUAAAUAUCAUGCAGAUUCUCUAUUUGCACUUGGACAAUACUUCAAUGCUGAAAAGUAUUACAAAAAAUGUAUAAUGAUGAGGAAAGAAAUUUCUAGUAAUAAACAUAUGAAAUCAUCAGAAAAAUGCAAUGAUUUACCUAAAGAUGCAGAUUUGAAGUACAAGGCUCAUUCUUGUCUUUUGUCAUUAAAUCAGAGGAAUGAAGCUUUAGAAGUUUUACAAAGUAUAAAAUGUAAACAUAGAGAUGCCAAAAUUAAUAUGGCACUAGGAACUUUAUUAAUGGAAAAUGGAAAAGAUAGACUUGCUGCUGGUGCUUUCAAAGAGGUACUGGAAGAAUGCCCUCUUUCUAUUGAAGCAGCUGAAAAUUUGCUGAAACUUGGAAUUAAGGGCGCUGAUGUUAAUUCCUUCACUGUAGAAUCCACACAUGAUAUCACAUGGAUAAAUAUGUGGUUGAAAGCUCAUACACAGUUACACUCAAGAGAUUUUUGGGGUGCAAUUGAAUCAUUCAAGUUGUUAGAUGUUCCGCAGUUUUUAAGGGAUAAUGUACAGUUAUUAAUAAUUAUGGGAUAUUGUUACCAUUAUAUGUGUGAGGAUCAGAAGGCCAUAGAAGUUCUACAAAGAGCUUACAAAAUAGACAUGAAUAUGAAACAUGGACUUGAUUUACUAUCUACUUUAUUAGUGUACUCAGAUGAUGAAACUCAUUCAGAUUUUCUAGAAAGUCUCAUCCCACAAACUGAUUCCAAUUCUUGGUCCCCAGAACAUUGGGUUGUAUUUGCCAAUUAUAUGCGUAACUGUAAAAAUUAUGAAAAAGCAGGAUUAUUUGCACAUAAAGCUUUUAUGAUAGGAGGAGCAAAUAAUGAAGACGUUUUAUUUGUGAAGGCAUUUUGCUUCUUCAAAAUGGGUAAAUAUGAAGAUGCUAUAGCCACAAGUACAGAAGCUAUCAAAAUCUGCCCUUACAGGUUGGAUAUUCACAAGAACCUUGUAUAUUCUUAUUUGAAAUUGGAAAAAGUGAAAGAGGCUGAAGCAAUGGCUGUAAAUGCAUGUCGUGAAACUAAUAAUUGUCCACUCUCUCUAAAACUUCACGCAAAAGUUUUAUUGAAAGAUCCGAAUGGAAAUAGUAAAGCUGUGAAGAAACUCCUAGAAAAAGCUGUAUCUAUCCCUCAUGAGUCUUCAAACAAAACUGUGAUACUUCUGGCAAUAUUUUUCCAACAGCAAUGUCAAUAUGAAUUAGCCGAGCAACUUAUACUGAAGAAAAUAAAUCAGAGUCCUUGUUCACGAUUAUAUCAAAUUUUAGGCGAUUCUUAUACAAACAUGGCAAGAGAAGAAGAAGCAUUUGAAUGUUAUGCCACGUCAUUAAGAUUGGAUCCAACAAAUCGUAGAGCAGUGGAAGCUUUGAAUAUGCUGAUGCCCAAUUUUUCCAAUAAUAAGAAUGAUAGCUACUACACAACUUGUGAUGGGGAUACAUCUCACCCAUCACAAAGUACUCUUGCUUCAGACCGGGAUGUGGAAAGUGAUCCAGAAUAUUGGCCAAAUAAUUCCGAUAUUAUAACUAUAGACUAGAUUAUUUAUUAUUCACUAUGGAUAUUGAAUUUUUGUGGAUAUUCUACAACUGUAUUGUGAUAUUAUUACUAAUAUAAUCUGACUGUUUUAGAAUAAUUUGAUUAAAGUACGUAUAAUAGCA